CCGGGGGGGGAGGGGUGGGGGGGGAAGGGAAAUGGCGGAGGCUUCGCCGCAGCCCGGACGGUACUUCUGCCACAGCUGUUCGGCCGAGAUCUCCCCACGGCUGCCGGAUUAUAUCUGCCCAAGGUGUGAGUCUGGUUUUAUUGAAGAGCUUCCGGAAGAGUCCAGAAAUACUGAAAAUAGUUCCAACUCUGCUACAGCUCCCACGGAUCAGAACAGACAACCAUUUGAGAAUGUGGAUCAGCAUUUAUUCACCUUGCCACAGGGCUAUGGCCAGUUUGCCUUUGGGAUUUUUGAUGACAGCUUUGAAUUUCCCACAUUCGGCUCUGGGGUGCAGUCUGAGGACGCCAGGGACUCGGAGAACAGGCGGGAGAGAGAACACCAGUCCCGCCACCGCUAUGGCGCACGGCAGCCACGGGCCCGCCUCACUGCACGGCGUGCUGCAGGCAGGCAUGAAGGCGUCCCAACGUUAGAAGGGAUUAUUCAGCAAUUGGUCAAUGGAAUCAUUGCACCGGCAACAAUACCAAACCUGGGAUUGGGCCCUUGGGGUGUUUUGCAUUCAAAUCCAAUGGACUAUGCGUGGGGUGCUAAUGGCCUGGAUGCGAUCAUUACACAGCUCCUUAAUCAGUUUGAAAACACCGGUCCCCCACCAGCAGACAAAGAGAAAAUACAAGCCCUUCCCACCAUACAAGUCACAGAGGAACACGUAGGUUCAGGGUUAGAAUGUCCCGUAUGCAAAGAUGACUAUACGCUGGGUGAGAAUGUCCGGCAGUUACCUUGCAAUCACUUAUUCCACGACGGCUGCAUAGUCCCUUGGCUGGAACAGCAUGAUACCUGCCCAGUGUGUCGGAAAAGCUUAAGUGGACAGAACACUGCCACAAAUCCCCCGGGACUGACAGGAAUGAAUUUUUCUUCCUCCUCUUCCUCCUCCUCCUCCAGUUCGCCAAGUAAUGAAAAUUCAACAAACAACUCGUGAAUCUCACCACCAGCCAGUCCAACCAACCACCCCCGACCUUCUUCCCUCUUUCCCCUUUGCCCCCAAUCCUACCCUGUCCAUUGCCCAUCUGCUUCCUGGUCAGAGGGAGCAGCUAAUCUUCCCCCACCCCACACUGAACCCAGGAGACAGAGUGGGGGGAAGGGGGAGGGGGCGGGAGAGACCCCAAGACCCCCCUUUUUUUCUUUCCUUUUUUUUUUUUUAACAAGCUUUGGAAGCACCAAAGGCCUUUAGACCUGUUCCCCCCCUCUCUGCCCGCCAGUCCCCAACUCAUCUGACGGUUCCAGGGAAGCUCUGUCUCUCCUGCCAAUUGAUGGCUACCACUGCGCUGGCUAUAAAGCCCCCAGGUCACAUUAACUGUGUUUCAUCAGUCUGGAUCCUAGCAGGUACCAGGUUGUUUGAAAUGAAGGGUGGAUGUGGCUAGGCCAUCUCUGUGGUUGUGGAUUUGAGAUACUUUUCAUUUUCCCCUUUCUCCCCAACAGCCCCCCUAACCUUUGUAACCCCCUCAGAGGGAACAUAGACAAUGCUCCCAGGUGGGAAGGCCGGUGGAGUGUGGCUGUUUCAUUGCCAUCCAACAUGCGAACUGUCCACUCCCCCUUCAGCUGUCCUCUCCCCCAUCAUCCUGUCUGUCUUUAUAACCUCGCCCUCUAAUGCUCAACAACGGAAAGGGUUUUUAUAAUUUUAAAUUAUUACUGCUAUUAAAUAAAUGGACGUUUUAGCUCAACAAGAGGUGAUGCAUGAUUUGUGGAAAACAGGGUAAGACUCUCCUAGGGCAGUGCAGCCCAGUUGUCGGCUGCUAGCCCAAGAGGCUGUCACUCCCCAGCCUCCACCAUGCCUGGCUCCCAGGAACAAAGCCAAGAACCCAUUUGGGUCUGGCAUUUAACCUCCUCCAACCUCUUCUCCCUGACAUCUCUCCAUUCCCCAGUCAUCCCUUCCCCUUUGCCCCUCCUCUCCUGCCUCACUGCUCGGAUGAGCUCAGAAUUACGUCGAGCACUGGGACUGGGACCACAACAAGGACCAGCAAAAAGAAACUGCCCGAGUGGUCAGUUGCUCUUACAGAUUUUUUUGUUUUGUUUUUUUAAAGAAAGAAAGAAAUGUGUAUCUUGAAAGCUAUUUAAAAAUACAGCUACUUCAAAACGA